AGUAAACUUGUCAUAACUACAGAUAUAUAUAGUUGAUUUUAACAUUAUUAAGUAAAUGAUACUUUUUAUAAAUAAACCCUAAGACAUAUUUAAGUUUUUCUUAGCCUCGUGGACAAUAAAUUACGAAAUGAAGAAGCUUUGUCGUGCAUCCAUAAGCGUGUCGAGAUUAAUAUAUUUGAGAGAACGUUUUAUUCUCAUAUCCCACGAAACUAGUCGCAUUCUUUAUGGGAAACUAGACUGCCCGAUUUGAUUCGCGUUAUUUUUGCCAGCCGGCUUUGUUUUAGACUUACAUCUAACCGCAAAAAGUGAGUUAAUUCACGAUUAUAAAGGGUCAAUUGUCUAGGGGUCUAUUAGCAAUUCUUUCUUUUAAAUAGAGACCAGCACCAUCUUCAAUGUUGUGAAGCAAACUGAAAUUAAGCGCUCUUGGAAUUUUUGUAAUCGCUCUUCUGCAAUAUAUGGGACAAGUUUCCGCCGAAGUCACUACUGUGAUUAAGCAAGGCCUUGGUGGUUGUCAGUAUAUGCAACCCGCUACGAACGCCUCAAUUACGUUGACUGUCGGUUCGUCCAAUAAAGCCGCGUUUGCGUAUUUAGUGUACGGACCUGGUGAAGUUGGCUACACUAGUGAUGUGAAGGACGGUGACGGCGAAGCGUAUCUGAACCUUGGUAAAUUCAUCAUCUUGAAUGGUACCCAAUAUGUUUUGUCUACAGGUGUUUACGACCCUUCAGUCAACAGUACAAAGGAGUGGUCUAUGUCGGUAACACAGAGUGGUGUUUAUUGCGCAGAUGCUCGUGCUAUAAACAACAACACGAAGACUGACAAUUAUGAAGUAUCGGCUUCAUUUAAUAAUGGAACAUCCUCUACUAAUAAACCGACCUCAUCUGCGUACAGUGCUAAGCCUUUGUUAUUGCCCAUCUUUGCUGCUAUGCUGCUUUCAUUAAUGUAUCUUAAUUAAGCACUUUGCAAUGCAUAUAGUAUUUUUUUUUACCAUUGAAUUCGUUUGUUUUUCUUUUUCUAGAAGUGAAGUUACUGGAUGCCAGACAAGUAAAUAUGAUAAUGUGUGUGUUUGUAUUCUUGAAGGCUACCUUCGUCUGCUCCGUAGUCUCGUCGCCUCUGAAUACGAACUGUACGCAGCUCCUUUUAUGGUACUUACAAGCUUGCUAUUCAAUUUGUGUCGUUUAGAAUUUGUUUGAUGAAAAAUAAGUUCUCAGUUUUUCUCUAUGUUCAAUUAUGUAACGGUUAAAGUUCUCAGUUUCUGCUUUUUAAAGCUGAAAACUGUAUAAAAUGUGGAUGGAGUGUUUGAAAAUUUUCACUGACAAAGCAUAGUGUAGUAACAUAUCAUGUUUCGUUGUCCGUCUAUUUGAAAGUGGGGUGUAACUACUCUUUAUCACCAAUGUCUUAGAUGAUGUUCACUUAGUUACAGCCAUAACUGUACACAAUAGUUAUCGCGAGUGUCAUGAAUCAUUGCGAACUUAAGCCAUCCAUUUAAACAUGUCAAGCACCUCAUCACGAACGUAUGAAUAAGCAAUUCGACCCGCGCCAUGAUAAAAUGGAGACAACGGCGUUCAUACCCACAAUCGUAUAAACUAUAACGAGCUUGAAAAGCCAAUAAACUAGACCUUCGAGAGCAGAAGUCAAGAUGGUGCCAUUGACGGCGUUCAUGCUUGUAUCGACGCACUCUUCACUGAGAUGAAAUGAAAUGAAGUAUCGAACCCAAUCAUAAUACAAAUGACAAAGCAGAAGGACAUAAAUACUGCAAAACAACUAGGCCACAGUGUUACAUUAUUGAAUUUUGUCCAACCGUCGAUGAAUUUAGUCUUAGGGUUAAGCGACCAGAUUCUAUCAGUAUAACGAGCAUUGAAACGAACAGAAAAAGAUAUCCAACAAUGUUUCAAAGGAAUUAAUAUGACCUUUAAGCUUUAUGGGAAGUAAUGUCAUUAUUGCAAAAACCAAUAUGAAGAUGCACACAAAGAAUAAAGUUGAUAGGGUUUCACUUUGUAGUCCUCCUGACUGAUACGAAUAGCUGACAAUGUCAUAGAUGAGAGACUAUAUACACAACUUGGGAAACCAAUAAGCUGCCCGAGAUAAUUAGAUCAACCCGUAAUCCAGGAAGCUAAGGGACACAACCUUCUUGGCGCCAGUACGAGUAGCAUAAACCACCUGUAGUGGGCAUGCUGGAACAUAAACUCUCUCAAUCCUGCCGCUAAGCAAUCAGCAAACACCAUUGCAGAAGCCAUCCUUAGACCAAUCCAGGUGUGUCGCAAGCAUUAUGUGCCCAAGUCCAAAGUUAUGUCUAAAGUGUUUAAACUAGUCAUCUUUCAUUAGAUUUGAGAGGAAUUGAAUUAAGAAGUGGGUCAAAAAAAAAAAAAAAAAAAAAAAAAAAAAAUUACUAAUAGUGAUGCGAAACCUAAAUUAAUUUAAUCUUCUGAUAAAAAUUUGGCUUUAUGAAGAUGAAAAGGGCUCAAAAUGUAAUGAUUACAUAGGUAAUUUUAAUGUUAUAUGAAAGGUAAUUGCAAUAUAAUUUGCUUUGACAUUGCGCAGGUAAAGAUUGCCAAAAUCACUGAUGAGUCAAUUGGUUAACAGUCUGAAAUGUUAUGGAUAAAGAGUA